AACAAAUAGUUGUACACAGAGUUUUGGAAAAAAAGGAGGGUCGCUCAGUUUCUGGUAUUGGUGAGAUCGCUGCAAUUUCUCCUCGUUCCAUGGAUAAAAAAUCUCAUCUUCUUCAAUCUAUCGGCAAUGCCCUAGUCGCCGAUUUGGUUAUGUGGAAGAACAAACGCGGAGGGAUUCUUCUGCUGGGAUCAGCGACGUUGUUUUGGAUCCUCUUCGAGAAAUGUGGAUACAGUUUCUUUCCCUUUGUGGCUAACAUUCAGCUACUUGUCGUCGUUAUACUCUUCCUCUGGGCCAAAUCCGCCAUUCUCUUCAAUAGGCCUAUGCCUGAGCUUCCUAAUCUUGAAAUCACUGAAGCAUCUCUUCUUAUGGUUGCUGAUCCUUUACGGCUCUUGAUCAAUACUCUCCUCUCUAUUGCUCGUGAUAUCUACGUUAACAGAAACGCCAAACAACUCUUUCGGGUUAGUGUUGUGUUGUGGACUAUAUCACUUGUUGGCAGUUUCUUAAACUUCUUCACAAUACUCUAUCUUGGUAUUGUUCUCGGUAUGUUGAUUCCCAUUCUGUACGAGAGGUACCAGGAUCACAUUGAUGAGAAGCUAUCUGUCACACAUCGGAUGAUUCAAACACAAUUCAGGAAGAUUGACGAAAGAUUACUACAGAAGCUCAUUGCUAAGCCCACCAGCAAGAUUAAGAAGAUGCAAUAGAACAUACCAAACUAAGUGUUACUCUUUCAUGACCGCGAACGACUUAACAAGCUUUGAGGAUAGAUGAAUAGAGGCGUUGAGACUUGAGAGUUUUAUACCACAGAAGUGUAAUGUGGUUUUGUCACUUGAGUCAACGCUUCAUUUGAUUCUCUUUAUAGGAACACUGUGGAUUAACAAGUCCAUGACUAUGUGUAACUUCGGGAAUUAUUGGUGACUCUAAUUGGAAUAUGGAGGCUGUUUCUGGUUA